UAAUCCAAACUACACUAAUUUUAGAUGGCUGACUUCUUUUGAAACUCAGUUAAGAUAACACACACACACACAUAUAUAUAUAUACACACAGACACACACACACACACACACACACGGAAUAGAUAAUUAUUGUGGUGUCAACCAGCAUAUAACUAUAUCUGUUUAUAUUUUUCCAUUUAUCAUAUGCAAAUAUUUUCUCACCCAAAAAAAAACCAUCCAGUCUAUUUUUUUUUAAUGUGUCUAUAAUUAUUAUUUUUAAUUAAAACAGAAAAUACCUGCUUAAUUUGGAAAUUGUUAGAGGACGUCGAGGUGUUCGUUCGAGAGAGAGAGAGGAAAAGAAACAACUGUAUAGGAUUGGUAAUUAGGUAAAAAAAUUUCAUUAGGGGAGGAAGCUUUUUUUAGAGGAAGAGACAUGUGAUCGAGAAAAGAAAAGAAAAAGAAAGAACACGAAGAAGAAGAAGAAGAAGAAGAAAGAAAACGAAAGAGAAAACACCAAACACCCGCAGAAAAUUUUUAUCAUGUGGGUGUUUGGCGAUGCAUGAAAAAUAAGGAUCCUUGUAAAAGGAUUCUGAAAGAGAAGAUGAGCAAAAAGAAGAACAAUCAGGUUUAUUGUGCUUCCUCUCAAGAAAUGGCUAUGUCCCCUCCAAUUCCCAAAUAUCAACCUAAGAGGCUUUACAGACUUUGGAAGGGUAACAAUAAAUUUUGUUGCGGCGGAAGACUGAUAUUCGGGCCCGAUGCGACGUCGCUUUUCUUGACAACAUUUCUAAUCGGAUGUCCCGCAUUAACAUUCUGCACCAACAUGUUGUUGACGCUUCCAAAAAGUGAUCCUCUUUUUCACUAUCCUGUGCUCUUCGGAGGUCUCCUCCUCACUUUUUUGGAUUUUGGUUUUCUGUUCUUGACAUCGUGUAGAGACCCAGGAAUUGUACCGAGAAACUUGUACCCACCUGAGUCGGAAGAAUUCGACGUGACCAACACGUCCAUGGAGUGGGUCAGCAACAAAUCUUGCAGUUUGAAAAUACCUCGUACCAAAGACGUUUUAGUAAACGGUCACACCGUUAAGGUUAAGUUUUGCGACACGUGUCUGUUGUACCGUCCUCCACGUGCCUCCCAUUGCUCCAUUUGCAACAACUGCGUCCAACGUUUUGACCACCACUGUCCCUGGGUCGGACAAUGUAUCGGACUUAGGAAUUACCCAUUCUUCAUCUGUUUUAUAUCGACGUCAACGAUGCUGUGCGUAUACGUGUUUGUGUUUUCGUGGAUAAACAUAAUCCGGAUACCGGGAGCUGUUUGGAGCACCAUGUCCCGGGAUAUCGUCUCCGUCAUUCUCAUUGUUUACUGCUUCAUUGCUGUCUGGUUCGUUGGCGGCCUGACCCUCUUCCAUUUUUAUCUCAUUUGCACCAACCAGACAACUUACGAGAAUUUCCGAUAUCGGUACGACAAGAAGGAGAACCCGUACAGCAGAGGCUUAAUAAACAACUUCAAAGAGCUCUUCUUCUUCAAGAUUCCACCAUCGCUGAUUCAUCCAAGACAAUGGGUUUCAGAAGAGGAAGAAAUGAUGAUGGCCGGCGGGUCCUCCCGAGCAACUUCGAAGCUCGACAGAGGGUUCGGAUCCAAAGAGUCAAUGGUCUUCUCCGACAUGGAAAUGGGUCACAGCAUUGCUAGGGUUACAGUCAAAGACGGAACAGUAAUGCAGUUGCCAAGUAUACUUAAGAACUUGGAUUACAGUGGAGUUGGCGAUGAAGGAAGCUUGAAGGGAUCAAAAGAUUUCGACCAUGAUGGUCAACAUCAUGUCAGCCAACGGGAGCAAAGCGGUGAUGAUCAUCAAGAUCGCGCACCAGUUGAUAAUUUUUUCUUGGCUGAUUCCGCUCAACAACAAGUACAACAACAGUAUUCACAGGUGUUCAUGAACCCUAACAUUAACGUUGUUGGAUGUAAAAGUUCUAUAGAUCAAAAGAUAAGGACCUAGCUAGUUUGCUAGUAUUUAAUAUUGAUUUGCUUCUACUGCUGUUGGAUCUACACUUAUAUAUAAAUAUCCUUUUUCAACCAUUCAAAAAAGAUAAAUGUUCAUUCUU